AUGAUAUUUAUUGAUUAUCAAAUUUUUUUUCUUUUUUUUAUAUAUCAAUUAAAUAAAACAUUUGCUCUAUAUUCAAUUCAAUGUUGUACUGGAAAUGAUAAUACAUGUUCAUCAAACCCUGUUGAUUGUCCUUCAAAUAUUUGUUUUAAAUUAGUAAUUAAUAAAGUAACAGAAGAACGUGGAUGUCUUGAUGAUUUAAUAAAAUUAAUAAAUUCAGCAAAUAAAGGUAAUAAAACAUUAAAUGAUAAAAAUGAAUAUCGAACUGGAUCAUCGAAUGAUCAAUGUCAUAAAUUAGGUGGAUAUGGUAAUGGAAUGUCUUUAUGUAAAUGUACAAAUAAUUUAUGUAAUUUUUCUUCAAAAAAAAUUCAUUUAACAAAUUUUAUUUUUAUAUUAAUUAUAUUAAUUAUUCAAGAUUUUCGAUAA